AUGAACGAUGAUUUUCUCAAGUCUGCUAGUGGCAUGACCCUCUUCAAAGGCCUACUGACCAUUGGCUAUUUAUACUUCGAGAACUGGGAAAAAAGCGUACCAUUUGCACAAAGAAAAGACCUCAACGUCUCCAAUGUUACUCAUGACGCGAUGCGAUGGAUAGAGCGGAAGAGAGAGAGAGAGAAAGAGAGAGAGAGAGAGAGAGAGAGAGAGAGAGAGAGAGAGAGAGAGAGAGAGAGAGAGAGAGAGAGAGAGAGAGAGAGAGAGUAUUUGAAUUUACUGGCC